GCAAACGUAUAUGUGAAGAAGAGAUUGCGCUUUUUAUUCGUGACAUAAAUCAGCAAGUGAACGAAAUCGCACUGCUUCAACAGAAAUCGGAAUGUCAUUUCACAAUCCGUGUAAAUCCAUUCCUUCAUUCUAUUUGUACUGGUGCAACUUGUGGGAAAACAAAUGAGGUUUUAGUUGGAGAAUUGAAAAAUCCACAUGAACAAUUCAGUGAUGUAGUCGCUGUUGCCGAAUUCAGCAUGAUAGAACAAUGCCUACAAUAUUCACUCCUCCGAUCCUCAUCAAACAGGCAAAAUAAUUUUGCAGUCCUUAUUCUAUUCGAACAUUUGAUUAGCACAAUUUGUAUCACGUGA